UUUACUGGGUUUUAAUAAAAAAAGGCGAUAUAGUAGCAAGCCAUCCAAAAAGUGGGAGUAAAAUCGAUCGCAUUCGACUGUAAAUAUAAUCAAAAUUUCAUUUCUUUCAAGAUUUUUCAUUACUUACCACUAUUGCACACAUGGUCCCUAGGUGUUGAAAUGCAAUUUUAUUUUAUGGCACCAGCCUUGCUGUUAAUUAUCAACUACUUUUACAACCUUCCCUUUAAUAUUUUAAAAAUGAAAUAUUUUAAAAAAUAUAUAUUAUGUAUAUUUUUAUUAUUUUCAUCCUUUAUCUUCCAACAAAUAAUUUAUUUAAAAUAUGGUGUGAGCAAAAGUUAUGGGUUUGUGUUUUGCCGUUUAUGGCAGUUUAUGGCCGGUAUUAUUAGCCAUUUUUUGAGAGAAUAUAAUAAUUAUUUUGAUGAAGAAAAGAAUGGAUUUAUUGUUAAUGGGAUAGCAGGUAGUUCUAAUUUUUUAAAAGUAUAUGUAGUUAUGGGUCUACAACUGUAA